AUGACUUCACAGACUUUUGUGUGUGUGCAAAAGCAGAAUGUUACCCGGAGGAAGACAUCAGUUCCCAGCUCAACAGCUCCACCAGUGAUCUUCAGGACCUUACCAGACAGUUGGAGAAGACUAACGCUAUCAUUGAUGUGCUACAGUCACUAUGCAAGUUUACUGACAGACUUUCAAAGCUUCGUCCAGAACAAUGAGUUCCUGCAAGCAGCCGAUGCUGUCAAUGAAUUGAAAUCUGAUUUGGAUGUUCUCAUCGAAGACGGAUACUGUGAGCUGAAAAUUGUCAAGGCUCUAAGGUCUGAGCAGCGAGUGAACCAAGAGACGCUGCUGCAUCAUCUAGGAGAGGCCUGGUCUGCCAUGACUGUCUGGACUAUACCCCAUGCCAAAGAACCUGUCACCUUGACCAACGUCAGCCAAGUCCAACUCAAACUAGUUCACAGUGAAAAUGCUUCGGUGACUGCCAAUGCCAUGAGCCAGGUUGGAAUUCUGAAGAGCAAAAUGUAAG